AUGAAUGGUGCUGCAAAAAAUCUUGUUGAAAAGUUUAAUGCAGAAGGUUUACCUACUGCUAAAGUUGCUGCAAUCUUUAACGGUAGUGAUUUAGCUUUUUCUAACCGGGACUGUUGGAAUCAUUUGAGGAAUGUUCGAAGGAAUAAUUUAGAUGUUGGAGAUGCACAAGCUGUUUUGAACUAUUGUAAACAAAAACAAGCUCAGAAUUCUAAUUUUUUUUAUGCAAUACAAUGUGAUGAUGAUGAUAGAAUGAUAAACUUUUGUUGGUUGGAUGCUAGGUCAAGGGCUGCUUAUCAAUAUUUUGGAGAUGUUAUUACUUUUGAUACAACAUAUAGAACCAAUAAAUAUAGUAUGCCAUUUGCCCCAUUUACGGGAUUGAACCAUCAUUUGCAGUCAAUUUUAUUUGGUUGUGCAUUAUUACAAGAUGAAUCUGAGAAAUCUUUUGUAUGGUUAUUUGAAACUUGGCUUGAGGCAAUGAAUGAAAAGAAGCCUGUUUCUAUAAUAACUGACCAAGAUCUAGCUAUUGGAGCUGCUGUGGCCAAGGUAUUUCCAGAAGCACGUCAUCAUCUAUGCUUGUGGCACAUUAGAAAGAAAUUUCCUGAAAAACUUGCACACAUAUAUCACAAAAAUUCUACAUUCAAGCGUGACCUGAAGAGGUGCAUUCGAGAAUCACCAACAGCCAAGGAUUUUGAUGAAGAUUGGCAACGUAUAAUAGUAGAUUACAAAUUGCAAGAGAAUGAAUGGCUUAAAAGGUUAUUUGAAAUUAGAGAGUCAUGGGUACCAGUUUAUAAUAUAAGCACUUUUUUUGCCGGCAUGAAUACUACACAAAGAAGUGAAUGCAUCAAUUCUUUUUUUGAAUCUUUUGUUAAUGCAACAACCACACUACGAGAUUUUGUGAUAAAAUUUGAGAAGGCAAUAAACAACCGCUACGAGGCUGAAAAAAGAGAGGAUUUUGAGUCCCGACAUAAAUCACGCUCUUUGAGUAUUGGGUCAAAAAUUGAAGAGCAUGCUGCAUCAAUCUAUACUAGAAAUGUGUUUGGAAAGUUUCAUGUUGAGCUUGCAAGUGUCAGCCAUUAUAUAAAGGAGAAGAUUGAGAAAAAUGGCUCACAAUAUAAGUAUCGAGUGUCUAAUUGUUUUAAUGCUCAAGAUAGUUUCAUUGUUGAUAUAGAUUUAGAGUCAAAAAAUGCUACAUAUGGCUGUCAACUUUUUGAAUUUAUGGGAAUAUUAUGUAGGCAUAUUUUAGCAAUAUUUCAAGCAAAAAAUGUUGUUCAAAUUCCUAGCCAGUACAUAUUGAGGCGUUGGACAAAAGAAGCCAAUCAAUAUAUUGAAGUUGUUCACAAUGAUAUUGCGAAUCAAAACUCAAAUGUUUUGAGAAGUAUACAUUUGCAACGACAAUUUAACCAAUGUACUGAUUUGGCUAAAAGAUCAGAGCACACAUACAGAUUCAUUGCAGCAGAACUUGAUCGUGUUAUCAAUAUGGCCACUGCGAUGGAAGAAGAAAUGUUGUAUGUCAAUGAAGCUCUUGAAGAGACAAACCAACAGAAUUUGAUAUGUGAUAGAGCUUAUGAUGAUUCUAGUUUCAAUAUCAAAGACCCAAACAUGUCACAAACAAAAGGUAGAAGAAGGUUUAAAAGUGGUCUUGAGUUAUCAAUAAAUAAGUCAGCUGUUAAAAGAAGAGCAUGCAAAUCAUGUGGAGAAUAUGGCCACUAUCAAUCAACAUGCAAACAAAAAAACAACUUAGUACUUAAACACAGAUCAUUGCGAAGAGCAAAGUUAGUGGUUAAGAAGUAUUUUGGAGCUUGA